UUUCUUCGGUGGGUGGCGCCUAAGGGGUUGAGUCACGCAGCUGUCAAAGAUAGCUGUCACCCAGUUUAAUGAUCAAACGCACAUUGAGCAAGGAGCCGACAGGGGAGACUUGAGCACAUCUCAGGUACAGGGGGACGAUGCAGCUUGGUGCGAGGGCGCCGCCGGAAAGCUUGCUUGGGCAGCAGUGAUACGAAGAACAAGGACCUCGUUUCUUUUCUUUUUUUUUUUUUGUUUUCCGUAUGCGUUUCUCUCUCAGUUCGGUCUGAACUCAUUCUCAAUAUCCAUCCAACUGUGGCGGAGCUGCCUUUGCUUCUGUUAACGAUCGCCCCCUCGCUACUUCCUCAAGUUUGGAAUAUACAAUAGAGGCGCACGUUUUUGUGGUUUUGUCUAAAACUCCGUCUGAGAUGAAGGCGAAAAAAGGUGUGUUACUAUUGUCUGGUAGUGAGACAGAUGAUGAUGACAGUAUGGAUGUUCCACUUGACCUGUCAUCUACAGGCAGUGGGAAGAGGAAGAGGCGGGGAAAUUUACCAAAAGAAUCUGUCCAGAUUCUCAGAGACUGGCUAUAUGAGCACCGUUAUAAUGCCUAUCCAUCUGAACAGGAGAAGGUACUUCUGUCCAGACAGACAAAUUUGUCAACAUUGCAGGUCUGUAACUGGUUCAUCAAUGCUCGUCGGAGACUUCUGCCAGAUAUGUUGCGAAAAGAUGGCAAAGACCCUAACCAGUUCACCAUCUCAAGAAGAGGAAGUAAAAUUUCAGAGACUAGUCCACUGGAUGGUUCCACAGUUUCUAAACCAUUCCUUUCAGAGAGUGUGGAUGAAGGGACAUUCCAUCCCUGUAACUUUGGACCAGAUUAUGCCAAGAAGCCCCUUUCACCAAAAACUCCCUCUCCAGGCCCUGUUCUUCCUAGACCUUCUGUAAUUUGCCACACUACAAUUACUGCACUGCAGGACAGCCCUCUGCAUUACUGCCGUUCCAACAGCAUGGAUGAAACAACAGAUCUAAAUUGCACAACCGCUCCUGACCUUUUUAAAUGCCACAGGCAAGCAGAUUCAGAAGGUACUCCAAGCCCUCAAAGUGGGCUUUUCAACACUCCUCCCCCAACUCCACCAGACCUCACGCAGGACUUUAGUGGAUUUCAGCUUUUGGUGGAUGUUGCACUGAAACGCGCUGCAGAGAUGGAAAUGCAGGCAAAACAACUAGUGUCUUAAAAAUACUGGAAUUUCAAAAGAGACUGUGGAAGAAAAGAAAAACAAACUGUUGUAUACAAAAUUUAUUUUUUGGUUGGUGUCAUGGAUGAUGUAUACAUUUCAUGGAUUACAGCGCCUUGUUUAUUUUUGCACAUGGGACCAAGAACAAGGCCACUUAUAAAGUUUGUCUGGAUAGACUUUCUUUUUUUUAUACAAAUAAGGGAUGUUAUGGCUACUGUAGAUUAAAAAAAAAAAAAAAAAAAAAAACUUCUUUAUGUUUCUUACUAAAUAGAGUAUAAAUGGGGGCUCCUAAUUUACAGUUUUUUGGCUAUGUAUAUGUAUAUAAAUAUUUAUAUACAUAUAUUUUGGUACUGAUCUGCAUUUACUUUAAAUAGUCUGUUUGCACAAAAGAGGACCACAGUAAGGAUACCUACAUGUCUUAGUUUUUAUUUUAUUUUUUUCCUCUCGGUUAAAGACAACUUUAAUCACUACUGUAGUUUACUGUUAGAAUAAGUUUUGUUUAAUUUUCACUUUCUUAAUGUGAAAAGUUUUUUUACACACCUAUUUAUUGCUUUUUUCCAAAAAAUCACUUUAGCCAUGCAUGUAGCAAUUUCUAUACCUGUUUAUUUACUGAAGCUCUGUACAGCUUGCAAGUGGAAUUGUCUGUGCUAGCGGUAAAAUAUUACCUGGUAGGUGCCUUGCUCAUUGAGCUUUCGGGCUGUACUCUGUGCUGCUAACCAUACGCUGUGAAGAUAACACUACAGAAUGAUGGCGUGCACUAGAGCUGGAAGUGUUUGUAGCCCAUUUCAUUUUUUUUUUCUUUCAUGUCCUCAAUGGGGGGAAAAAUACCAGCAAAUACUUAACAUUAGGACCUAAAAUAGAUCCCUAUAUAUGUUUAUAUGCUGUAAUACAUACAUAUAAAAGUACAUAUAUGCACUGUAUGCGUGUAUGUAUGUAAAUUUAUAUAUAAAAAGUAAAUGUGAGAAGAUACCUGAUGAUGUGAGUUCUUACUCUCCUGCUGUGCAAUUGGAGUGGCAAACAAUGAAAACAUGUUGUUUGUUUAAAUAAAGUUUCAUUUUGUACAAAUA